AACCUGUGGUUUUGUCUGUCCCAUGGUCACAGUGGGGCCUCCGUCUGCACAGCUAGAACCAGGGAGAGGAGACGCCAUGACCCCCACCCUCACUGCCCUGCUCUGUCUUGGGAUGAGUGUGGGCCCUAGGACCAGAGCGCAGACAGGGACCCUCUCCAAACGCACCAUCUGGGCUGAGCCAGGCUCUGUGAUGCCCUGGGGGACAUCUGUGACCAUCUGGUGUCGGGGGGGGCUGGAGGCCCAGGAGUACCGCCUGCAUAAAAAGGGAGAGUCAAGGGUCUGGGACAGACGGAAGCCACUGGAGUCCAGGGACAAGGCCCAGUUCUCCAUCACACACAUGACAGAUGUACAUGCAGGAAGAUAUCACUGUAACUAUUUCAGUUCCACUGGCUGUUCAGAGCCCAGUGACCCCCUGGAGCUGGUGGUGGUGACAGGAUCCCAGGGCAAACCCAGCCUCUCAGCCCUGUCCAGUCCUGUCGUGACCUCAGGAGGGAACGUGACCCUCCAGUGUGCCUCACGGAUGGGAUUCCACAGGUUCAUCCUGAUGAAGGAUGGAGAAGGUCAGCCGUCCUGGACCCUGAACUCCCAGGCAGCCACCGGUGGGGUGACCCAGGCCCUGUUCCCUGUGGGCCCCGUGACUCCCAGCCUCAGGUGGACAUUCAGAUGCUACGACUAUUACAGCAACACCCCCCAGGUGUGGUCGGACCCCAGUGAGCUGGAGCUGCUGGUCUCAGGACAGCUGCCCUACACAUCCUCCCUGUCGGUGCAGCCGCGACCCAAGGUGGCCCCAGCAGAGAAUGUGACUCUGCUGUGUCAGUCACAGAGCUCUGUGGACACUUUCCUUCUAUCCAAGGAGGGGGCAGCCCAUCCCCCGCUGCAUCUUAGAUCACAGUACCGAGCUGGGCAGCACCAGGCUGAAUUCCCAAUGAGUCCUGUGACCUCAGCCCAUGGGGGGUCCUACAGGUGCUACGGCUCCACCAGCACCUCUUCCUACCAGUUGUCACAGCCCAGUGACCCCCUGGAGCUGCUGGUUUCAGCAGAAUCUGAUGGUGCUGUCAGCCGCACGGGACACUCUCCUGGACAGAAGCCUUCCCACCUGCGGGCACCGCUCUGCUGACCCCCCAUGCUCACCUGGGGGCCUACAUGCCCCUUGGUGCACACCUGAGACCCAGGAGUGUCGAUCCCGGAUCACGGGAGUCCCCAGGGAGGCUGCACCCUGUGUCCAUGUGCACUGGUAUCCUCUCUCCUUUUUGUGUGGUCGCUGGUUCAGUGUCCCUGUGUCUGCUUCUCACACAUUCUAGAGAAGCACAUGCAGAUGAUGACAAAGGGUACUCAGGUGACAGGGACGCUAGACUCAGAAACUGUCCUCCUUCUCCUGUGUGCAUUGGGGUUAGAUGGAUUCACAGGGUCCCUGUGGGGCACAAGCUCUGGGCACUCCCCGGUCUUAGCAUGCUUUCAAUGAGUCUCAUUUAUCUUUUUUGUUUGUUUAUUGGUUGGUUGGUUGGUUGGUUGGUUUAUUUACUUAUGUAGCUCUUCUUCCCAUCUCCAUCCACACUGCAUCCAGGCAAUAACGCCGUUCCUAUGACCCAGUGCCUGACCAUCACCUUUCCUGGAUACAUAUUUAUAUGCCUGUUGUAGAUGUGCGCACACAGAUCUCUCUCUCUCUCUCUCUCUCACUUU